AUGUCUGAUAAAAUGGAAAUGGGAGCAAUGAGCAUGUCGACCAUCUUCUCUACUGGCACCCACGUCACCCUCUUCUUCAAGGAAUGGGCCACAACCACAGUAUCCUCAUAUAUUGCAACAAUAAUUUGCGUCUUCCUCCUAGCUGUCCUAAAUCGAUUUCUUGGAGCUGUGAAAUUCCAGACUGAACGAGCUUGGCUGGAACAGGCCCGACAAACAAAUAUGUUACCUCCACUGCGCACCGUACGCAAUAGCCGUCUGUUAUUCAAGGCCAAGUUAAGCCCUCUCCCUACCUCCAUGGCUCGGGAUGAUGAUUUGGAAUGCGACCCGUUGACCUCUCCGACGGAUGGAGAGCUUGGUGAUGAAUGGUGCACCCCGAAAGAACACAAUUCACAGCGUCAGUGUGCCCCCUUUCGCCGGAUACUUGGCGACUGGCAACCGAGUGCACGCUGGAGUGUAAAGAAGGAUGGGCUACGAGCUGUUAUGGAGUUUAUCAGGGCCUUUAUUGGGUAUAUCUUAAUGUUGGCUGUGAUGGCCCUGAACCUAGGGAUACUCUUUGCGGUCCUUGGGGGCAUCUUAGUUGGGGAACUGAUAUUUGGCCGUUACAUUCAGGGGUAUGGAGGGUGGCAAGAAGGAGCCUGUCAUGACGGAUAA